AUGGCCAGUCUUCCGGUUGCUGCACAGCAUCCCCAUCACAGUCAGGAGCCGCGCUCGGGUGCUCUCGAGCAUUACCUGACUCAGCUGGCCAUCUGGCCGGAUGCCAUUCCGGCCCAAGUCGAGCACCAUCUCAUCAACGUCUACUUUGACAACGCCAACCGACGCUGGCCCUUCCUGUUGCGAGCCACGUUCGAGUCGUGGCAUGCCUGUUGGAAGAAGAGAUCAUCUGACCGAGACCGACCGGAGCGAGAGCGAGAUCUAUGGCAGGGCUUCUUUGUGAACAUGAGUUUCUACGAGCAAGCCGUCAACAACUAUUUACCCGCGGUGUUGCGACAACCCAACCGGUUGCUCCAUGUUCAAGCGUAUCUGAUGAUGUCCAUCCAUGCGCUCUUUUCGCCCUCGACCGAGCAGAUCUCGCUCAUGAUCUCGUCGGCCGUGCGGUAUUGCAUCGUGGCUCGAUUCCAUCUGGUCGAAGCCGAACCCGAGCCGGUCGAUGCCGCCAGCCGCCUGGAGAUCCAAAUGCGCCGACGAGCAUUCUGGGCCGCCUACAGUUUGGAUAGACUGGCUUGUGGUGUUUUGCGUCUGCCCUUCUCCAUCGCCGACGACAACAUCACCGUUCCUCUCUUUGAAAACAUAGACGACUCGGCCCUGCUCGACGGCUCCUUCGUGUCCCAGGGAUCCAGUGCCAAAACGUCCGUGUCGUCGGCGUUGCAUCGAGAACGCUGUUUCCAGAUCCAGUCGGAAAUCCUCAACGUCACCAUGAGGGCCGACUUUGCCAUGAACUUCGACUCCCUGUCCGACUGGCGCUCGUACAUCCUGGCCAAGCUGGACCACUGGAGAUCGCAGCUGUCGCACUUUUCCGACUCCGACACCAAGACGCCGAUGCACGAACGCUGGAUCCUGAUCGUCUACAACCAUUGCCUGUUAUACCUGCACAUCCCGACCAAAUCCAACGUGCGAGGCCCCGCCGGCGACUGGUCCGUCCAGGCGAGCACUCAGUCCAUCUUGAUCUUUCGCAAGUAUCAGGGCUACGGGACCAUUCCUCAUCCCAUGCUCGGGUUGAUCAGCCAGUUCUCCAUCGGGACCAUCAUCCUCUACUGUCUGUGGGCAACGCCGCCCAAAUUCCGCACCGAGUCGUACAACUCGAAAAACGUGAUCGAGGCCAUCCGCGCCUGUUCCAACAACCUGGCCAUCAUCACCGAGCGAUGGGAGAACACCAAAGAUCUGUCCGACAUUUUCGAGCUUCUGGCCACCGAGAUCCCGCUGGCCGAAAGUGUGUCGCCGACGCCGACGAACCCUCCCCUUCCGAAUAUGAACAUGAACAUCCAUAGUAACAUGCACAACCACAACAACAUCCAUACAUUGGACAAUAUCCAUAAUAACAAUAUCCACACUACGACACGGACGCGAACCACCUACGGCGAAAGCGAACGCGCCAUCAAACGCAUCAGCGACGAGGCCGCCCGCGAGCUUCGCGCCAAACUGCCUCGCGUCAAGUCUCUGGUACUGAAUCGCGAAAUCAUCCGCAUGAUCGAGGAGAUGAUGACCGAGGACUUUCCACGCGACCACGAUUACGACGCUCCAGGCCCAACCGCAACACAAGCCAACACCGGCACCCUCGACCCCUCGUCCUCCUCAUACCCGAGUAGCGGCAUGGGUGUAGGGAUAGGAGGAGGAGGGGGAGGGGCGGGAGGAGAAGGAGAUAAACUCGACCACGACCAUCUUUCCGCGACCGCGACCGCCACUCUGCCCAUGUCCACCCACCCUUUCUUCGUCCACCCACAUACCCUGCCCUUGCCCUCUCCCUUGCACCACUUCCCCAGCCCCUAUCUGUCCGCCGACGGUUCGGCCGGCCAGCUGGGCGCCAUGUCGCCAGGCCAGACGCUGGAGUUUCCAGGAAGUCUUUCGGGUUAUGAUAUGUUUUGA